UGCACGGGAAAGCGACAGCGUGCAGCUGCGCCCCCGUUCGACUAUCGGCGAUAAGCCCAGGUAUAUGAGAGCGCGCCGGCCUCUUCUGCCAGGUUUUGUCUCACAUACGGACGCCGGUAGACGACGAACUGUUCAGGAUGCGUCGCUACUCAAUCACAUUCCUGCCUCUUCUACUAAUGAGUGCCUGCGGAGCGCAGAAGCUCCUCACACUGGAAGAAUGCAAAGAUGAAAAGAGCCCUGGCUUCAAGAACGUCACCAUUUCUCCUUGCGACAAAGAUCCAUGCGUGAUCAAGACUGGCGACAAAUACAACGUCACUUUUUACGCGGAAGCGACUGACGACGCAGACUACCUGAUGGUGACCACGCUGGACCAGCAGCACACCGACACGACCAACGUUCAGUCUGCGCACUCGAUAAGCUGUCACUUCCUCGACAUUCCUUGCAACGUGACCAAGGGAGAGGUGUUCCGAGGAUCGGUGACACUCAGAAUACUCAGUGCAUUCGUUCCCGGCAACGUGACCUAUGAGCUUGAAGUAGGCAACGACAAGGCAACUUUCGCAUGCGGAGUCACCAAGCUGAUCGUCGAAUGAACGUGCUGAAGACGAGUCGCUCGGCAAAGAAAAAAAAAAAAAACACGCAAAAUGAGUCUGCCGUGCUUACAGGAAUUGGCUGCUGCAAGACUUUUUUUUUCCGCAGGACGAGCUGCCGCUGCUUUCCUCCAUCAUGUUGUGACGGUAGAAUCAGCGACCCGAAACCAUCGCGUACUUCUAAUGCUCUGUCCUCUAUCUAGCAACAGAAAUUUUCGCUAUAUGUAAACAAUUUAUUAAACGCAUCGCAGUAUGCACUCGUUUAUGUAACCUUGCUUGGCGUCGCAAUUCUGAAGUAAUAAAUACAGCAGAAUUGAAUAUA